AUGAAUGGAGAAGAAAUUAAGACAACGAAAUCAUCAGCUAAGCCAUCCAACAGCGAAUAUCCGAAAAAUUUGGAAUCAUAUCGCCAGAAAUGGGUGAGGAAUCUCGGUAUCCAGAAUAAGCCAAGUAUUUCAUGCCGGAAGAAUGAACAAGCCCAUACAACCUGUCUGAAAGUUCUUGACCGAUGUCCAUCUGCGUUGGGAAAUAGUGAUCUGGAAGCUAUACUAACCUUGUUUUGUGAGCGUGAAGAAUGUGACUUCGAUGAGAGUUAUGCGACCAUUUUAAAAAUGUUGGUGCCAUUACGAUGCAAUCUGGAUGAAUUCUACAAUAUAUUUUAUGCUAUAACUACGAAAUUUGUGCCAAGAGACAUAUCGAAAGGUGCCGUAUGCUAUCAGCUUAUGCACUUGAUUGUGCAGUAUCAUGAUCCGUUGCUCAGUUCACAUCUGGAAUCACAUAAAGUUACUUCUUUCGAAUUUGGACGCCCAUUUUUCGCUGCACUGUUCGCCCCUGAAAUUUGCAAAGAGGCAUUGUAUGUGAUGUGGGAUAAACUAUUCGAGAGAGGUGAUCCGUAUUUGUUGUUUACAAUGGUUUUGGUCGUUUUAAUCAAUUGCUCCGGUCAGCUUAUGGCGUUGAACACGAAAAGUGAACUGAUCGAUACGAUUCGAUUUUCUGUGAAGGAGCUUUCCAUAGAUGAUGUGGAUGAUUUUUUUGAGUUAUCAGUUUUGUUUCUAAGUCAGACACCGUCGUCAAUCAAACAAGAUUUUCAACGCGUGUUGUUUGGCUCUCGACAUGCAGAAGAAAUGCAAGCUGAUAUUGAAAAGUUGUUGGCAUUGCCAGUUGAUCCCCGUAAUGUUAUCCGGAUGGGUUUGGAUGAAAACCUUAACGCACCUGAAUCAGAACCAAGUUUCUUCAUUAUUGAUGCUCGAUCUCAUGAUCAGUAUUCAGCUGGCCAUUUAGAUGGUUCAUACAAUUUGGAUUCUACAUUGUUUGUUGAAGCACCACUUCAAUACAAAUCAGCUCUGUCCAGUCUGGAUGCUUGUCGAUGUAUUUUCCACUCCGAUGAGCACAUCCUUUUCCUUGGUUCUGGACGUGAAGAUGAUCUUUAUUUGCAUAUGGUAAUUGCAAGUUUUUUACAACAAGGACGAAAGCACAUUGCUUUGGUAGAUGGAGGUUACAAAGCUCUUCAUGAACAGCUUGCACCAAAUUUUAAUCGUUUGAAAGGACAUCAUUCAGCCGCUUGCAAUGAGUGUAAUAGACAACCGUCACACGCAGUCGAAAAAGAUGGCCAAAGAAAAUCGUCUUGGAAGCUUGAUGUUGGUAGUAUUUUCGGUGCAGUCAAAGCAGCGGCGCCUUCAAUUAGAGAAAAAGUGCGGAAACUACCUGCAAUUAUGACACGUGGUCCAAAUACUAUUGAAUUUAGUCACGUUGAAACAAAUCAGCGGCAUGGUAAACGAUAUCGUAAUGAAAAAUCGCUUUUCACUCUUAGUGAUUCUGAUUCUGAAACAGAAACUGUCACUGUUACAUCCGCUCCAAAAUCCUCUGAACCAAAAGUUAAAAAUGAACUUCAGAAGUUGGACGAUUUUCUGAAACAAAAUGGUAUAUUGGAAUAUUUUGAAGGGUUGGAAGUAUUUACAGAAGGUGCAAGUCACCGUACUGUGGAAUGCUAUCUAGCCUUAACAGCGACACAUAUUCUCAUCUUUCAUCAAGAAGAAAAGAUUGGGGAGGUCGUUUUACAAGCUCGUCAUGCAUAUGGAUCAGUACUGCGUGUUUCAAGCAGGAAAAAAAUCCCUGAGCUGCUGACGUUCAAGUUCGGUUAUUGUACCGAUGGGAAUGAUUACAAGGUUACUGCAGUUCGUCGUUUCAUAAUACCCAGAGCUGGUGAUUGCGCAAAAUCAAUCAAAACGAAUAUAGUCACACUCCAACCAGGUAUCCUUGGCUAA